AUGGCCGCCUUCUCUACCCUUGUCAAAGCCCUGGCUUUAGCUUCCGCUGUCGUUGCCUCACCCAUUGCAGAGCUCAACAAGCGCGCGGUUCUUGCGCACGAUGCAGUCGUUAGCCUCCCGGAGACGGUGCCGAGUGGGCCCAUGGGCGAUUUGUACCGACGCUACCAGCCCAUCCUCAUGAUUGCGGGCGGCUGCGUGCCGUUCCCUGCUGUGGACGCUGAUGGGAACGUGGGCGGUGGGCUCGACACGACCGGCAGCGCGAACGGUGGUUGCAGCCACAGCACGGGGCAGGUUUACGUCCGCUCUGCCAAUUAUGGUGGAAACAUUGUGCUGGUAUACGCCUGGUACUUCCCCAAAGACGAGCCCAGCCCCUGGUUCGGCCACCGCAAUGAUUGGGAGAGCGUCAUCAUCUAUCUGCCAUCCGAGAACUCUACCACCGCGGCCGACGUACGCGCCGUUUGUCCCUCGGCACACGGCCGGUAUGACUGUGUCACCUCAGGCAUAACUUUCAGCGACACCUCGGUGCGGGUCGAGUACACCAGCGAUUUUUGGCCGGUCAACCAUGCUCUGAGGUUGACCUCUCUGUCACUGGAUGGUGGCCAGCAGCCGCUCGUUGCGUGGGAGAGCAUGCCGGCUGCUGCGCGCGAUGCUCUUUCCACUUUCGACUUUGGAUCUGCAAGAGUACCGAUCAGGGAUCCUAUGUUCUGGACCAAUAUUCAUCUCGCUACUUGGGUAUAG